CGGUCUAGUGUUGUUAAGAACGCGUUGCUACGAAGUUUCGCACUCUUUAGAUGAAAAUAAACAAACUUCCUAUUUACUAAUUUAAUAUUUACAUUGAACUGUAAAUUCAAUAUCAAAAACAGAAUUAUCAUUUCAUAACGAUGACAACAGCCACACAACAACGCAAGGAGCCAGAGGUGCUGUCACAUUCCAGCUUAGCUAUGCUGGCAAGAGGAGUUGGUAAAGAAAGCUUAAAAGGCGUGGAAUUUGCCAUGUACCUUAACAUUCCAACAACUACCAUCAUCAAGUGCAUCGCAGACAUUACAGAUACACCACUCACCAACGAAGGCUCAGAACAGAAUAAAAUGGAUGUGACGCAGAAAUGUCUGUUUUUAUGGAAGGAGCUGACAAAAUGCACGAAGACAAAUCAGAGGGUGAAAGAGCUAGAGAGAGCAUUAAGAGAAAUAGGUAAGGCAGAUAUCGCCGACAUUUUACAAGAGCGACAUCAAAAUAGCCAGGAGUUAACUCAAGAAAUAUUCGGCUAAUAUGUUGGACGUCAUUGUAUGCAAGUGGGAAAUGAUUGUUAAUACUUUAAAUAGUGAAGAUGUUAUUUUAUACAUCAUUGAAUAGUAAAUAGUGUUAUUACUGUAAAAUGUAUAAAAAUUACUGCUGGAUAUGUUUAUGUUUUAAAAAAUUAUGAAAUAGUCGUUCAACAGUUGUAAUCUAUUUUAUCAAAAUUGCAAUUUACUAGAAUAUACAAGCAAAUAAUGUUAACUUCUAAUAACUGUCAAACAUCCCUCAAGAAUUGUUAUAAGAUUCAAGUUUGACAUUAUUUUUAAUAAAAAGACAUUUUAUUGACCUCAAGUUUUUUAUUAUGGAACUGUAACAUUUGUAGACAUUGUAAUUUAUUCUUUCAUGUACAUGUCUCAAUUAUUAUCUUAAUAUUACAUUGUUAUUAAAAAAAAUAAAGGGUUUUGAAAAAUAAAAAUGCCACCUCAAAAUUGCUUAAAACAUUAUUGUGUUGUUUGCAGAAAAUAAGUAAAUAUUGUGAAAUUUCAGUAGGUAUGAUGAAAAUAUUCUCCAACUCCAGAAAACUUCAAUAAAAACUGUUAAGGUAUGACUCAUUUAAAAAUAAAUAUGUGCAAAAAAAUAUAAGCAAUUAUACAACCAGUCAAAUAUUAUGCAUAUUACAGAGUAAAAACUCAUUGGGAGCUUGCCUCCAUUAAAGAGUAGACAACGUUCUAAGAAACUUAUUCUGCAGUCAUGUUUUCCAUGCAAUAGUGAGAUAACUGCAGUUUAGCACAUAAAAUCUACACAGGCAGUAAAUAUUUUGUAGUAAUAGGGGUGUCCUAUUAAGUGAUUCUGUUCUAUGUUAUAUUAAAAAGUUGUGAUGUAUUGGAGAAUAAAAGCUGUGUAUUGUUUGAAUUAAGGUUUGGUCAAGAAAUCAAUGAAAUUAUUUUGAUAUUAAUGAUAAUCAGCAUUCAAAAUGUUAAAAAAAUUUAAUUCUACAUUCAGAAAAAAACCCAUUGCAUAUUGAUUAAUUAAUAAAUAACAAUUAUAAAACUUAAAUGACUGCCAAAGUUUCGUGGUAAUAAAAUGCAAACACCCCCUUUUCCCAAGUGAAUGAAAUGAACUGGUGGAGAGAAGGGGUGACAAAACUAUAUCUGUCUCUGGUGCUUUAAUGUAAUUUUCUCACUUAAGUAUAUUUUAAUAGUAUGAAUUUUUUUUU